AUGGAGAAUAUCCUCUGUUUUCUGAACAGUUAUACUGAGUCAGGGCUCAGCCCUGGCUUGGCGCAUUGCUUGGAUAUUGACCCCAACUUCAUCUGCUUGAGUGGGUUGGGGUUGUUUAUGCUUUACUUGUUCUACAUGCUAUUGACCCUGUAUUUGUCACCCCCUGGGAAAAAUGAUGACAUCCAAAUGCAUCAGGGCAGAGCCAGGAGGAGAAAGAAAGGUGGGACAUUCAAAGGUUUCCCAGACCAGAUAACCUUCCAGAAAGAAGCAGAAGAGGAAAGGAAGCUGGUUUCUUUUCUGAAAAGCUUCAGACCUCCUGCUUCCUGCAGUCCCCUGGGCCAGCAUCAUGAUACCACCCGCUUUCGUCGACUGUUAUGCCCAGACCCCCUCUGUGUGGUAUGUAACAGAACAACUGCUGAGGUCCAGCGACUGCUGUGUUGGGAGUCCUUGAAAGAUGCUGCUCCCUCUGUGUCCUCUUUGGCUUCUGCAGCUUCUGUGACUGAGUCAUCGUUUACUCUGGCUUCUGUUCCCUCAACAACCCCUCCAGAACACCUAAUAUUGUCCCCUUGUCCUGACUCUUCUCCCCCACCCGCCUUAAUUCUCUCACCUGAACUGAUCACCCCUUUGGCUGACUUAUUUUCACCCUCACCACUGAGGGACCCUCUGCCACCAAAGCCUGUUUCUCCUCUGGAUUCCAAGUUCCCUAUAGACCAUUCCCCACCCCAACGGCUUCCCUUUCCCCUUCUCCCACCACAUCACAUUCAGAGAGCAGAGCCCAAUCUCCAACCUGAGGCCAGUUUGUCUCUGAACACCAUCUUUUCAUUUAACUAUGCCCUAUCCCAAGGUAUGAACCCCUUACAAAAUAUUUCCCAGGAAAUGAAUCCCACUGAUUCAUGUGCUUGUCGUCACGAACCACCAACCUCAUCAUCUUUACCACCACAAGACUGUACUGUGACUCAGUCUAAAGCAAGUCUCACCAUAUUCAUGCCUUUUUCAGAGACGUUAUCUCUAUUUGGUUCUGGUGGGUCAUCCACCUAUUUCCCAACAAUUGAAGACAUUGACUAUUCAUGGCCUGCAUCUGCAGAAUUCUCCUGGUGGCAGCCUCAUGCCAAGGACUCUUUUUCUUCCAAUUUUGUACCAUCUGAUUUCAUGCAAGAGCUCCUUAGCCUUCAUUAUUCUGAGGCCUCUUUAGGGAGGUACACUGUGGUCAACCUCAUAGUGCCUGUUAGGCUCUCAUUUGUCAGCCAUGACAUUGUGGCACUCCUGGAGAGACAAGUCAAAAAAAGGGGCGAUUUCCUGAUGUGUAAAGAAAAUGGAAAGAAACCAGGAACUUCCCCAAAACAUCUUAGGCCAAACUACCAACUAAAUUCUUCAGGGAAAAUGUUAGCCUCAAUUGCUGAUAAGCAUGGCUUGGCAGCCUCUCUUCCUUUUAGGGCCAGUAAUAGGAAAGUAGAGCGGCUGCACAUCCAUCAGCAGCCUCCAUAUUCUAAGUGCUCUGAGGAUCAUUUAGAGCAAAAAUAUGUUCAGUUCUUCUGGGGUCUCCCAUCUCUGCACAGCGAGUCUCUGAAUUCUAAUGUUCUUCUCCAAUGUGGCUGUUCCUCCAUGUUUGUAUUCUUCAAUGAAAUUGCGAGUAUGUCUACAUUCCAGGAACCCCCAGUCCUUCCUCAUCUCCAACCUUUGUCCUUGCCUAUUACGCAGCCUCUACCCUUGUCUCAAACCCUGCCCCAAGGUCAGUCCCUGUCUCAACAUCCAUCUCCACUCACAGUCCAACUACCUAGUCCUCUAUUCCAGAUUGGGAUCUGUGGAGUGUGUUUUCAUAAAUCUCAGAAUGAGGCACAGUCUCUUACGCCAUCUGAAAUUAACCAUCUGGAGUGGAAUGUGUUGCAGAAAUUACUGGAAAGUGUGUGGGGUUUACCCUCUGUGGUUCAAAAAUCCCAGGAAGACUUUUGUUCUCCAGCUCCCAGUCUUGGAUUGGUCAAAUCCUUUAAGGCUUGUUGUCCCAUCUCCAUCAUUCCUGGAGAUUUUCCACUCAGUGCUGAGUUUAGGAAGAAACUAGAGCACCACAUUCAAAAGAGGCUUAUCCAGCACAGAUGGGGUCUGCCCCGCAGAAUCCAUGAGUCUCUGUCACUGCUACGUCCUCAGAGCCCAAUUGUAGAAAUAUCUGAGUCAGAAAACAGUGAGGGACCCUUACAUAAGUCUUUGGUUGAGGGUCAGAGCCACAAUGAUCUCAAGAAUUUUAAAUCAAGGAAACCUAGAAGCUUCCACAAGAGAAGUUCAAAUAUGCUUUCCUUGGAGAAUGUGGGGAAGUUUCAGGGAUACAGCCAGGAGAAUGGCCCAAAAGAUCAUCUGUUGCAUGAACCAGAAACAUCUUCAGAAAAGGAUCUGAGUUCUAACUCUGAGAGCAACCUAGAAGGUCAUAUGAUGCAUCUGCCAGGGAAUGAUUUAGGGGUGAGCCUAGGUCAGAAACAACUUGCAAAUGCCCUGACAGUACAUUUGAGCAAGAAAUUUGAGGAAAUCAGUAAGGGUCAAGUGCCUUGGAGUGUGCGCAGUUCAUGGCAUUCAGUCAAGCAGACAAUAUCUCUUCCUGAGAAAUCCCACAGCCAAGCAAACCAUCAAAAUUUGGCAGCAUUGGUGGGUGAGGACUACUGCAUUGAUACUUCCCAGGAGAUGUCCUUCCUUGGUUCUAACAAACAAAAGAUGUUGGAAGCCCAUAUUAAAUCUUUCCAUAUGAGGAUGCUGUGGGGUCUUCCCAGCAAGGUCCUUGAAUCCAUAGAAAUCUGUAAAUUGCAAGAGGACCUUUCCAGUUCCUUUUCCCAUCUUUACUUCCCCUCCUUAGCCACCUUCAUUCCUCAGGAAGAUUCCAAAGAUGGGUUCUCCAAGUCUCUUAGACAAAGCACUCUUCAAGAAGAAAAGUUGGGAACAACAAGCUCCAUCCCCAUUUUGGAUCAUCCUGACCCUGUUUCUGAUAUUGAACACAACCUUACAGAGAUGGAUUCCAAAGAUGGUGCCUCCAAUCCCCUUAGAGGAAGCACUACAGAUUUUCAAGGAAAAAAGAUAGAAACAACAAGUUUAUCCUACAUCCUGGAUCAUCCACAUCCGGUCAUCUCACCUGUUGACAAAGAACGGCAGGAGACCCUGAGAAGAGACUUAUUUGAUACUGAUAAUCAGCUUAUAGAAACUGUCCAGAAACCUGACAAUGGCAGACAGACUUUUCUGCCCCCAACACAUGGCAUCAUAGAGGAAGUCAGUCAGAAACAGAAUGUAGUAGCCAGUAGGAGCAGCCCAGAGCUGCCCAUAAUGCAAACUGGGGCUGGUGGUGAGUCAAUGGAUGAAAAAGAGAGUUGCAGCAAUAAUGUAGAAAGAAUUCAGAGCAGUAGAAAGACCUAUCCUGUCACCAGUGGGCCUAAGGAAAUGUUCAAGGAAGAUGAGCUCAGUUUUCUUCAAUCACAAACUAGGAACAACUCGACAACCAGCAAGUCAGGAAGUUCCUCAGUGAUAAAGGGGAAAAUAAGCACUCUUGAAACUGAAAAUUUCUCACCAAAAAUAUCAGUUCCCCAAGAUCCUAAAUCAUCAUCCCUUAAACAUCAGAUGUUUAGUGAGUUAAAGUUGGCCCAGGGGGAGCAUAGCCAAGCUCAAACUCAUUUCACUGACAUGCCCCUUGCUUUAGAUAACUUGACUUCCAAGGGCUUACUGACUCAUGUCCAGGGCAUCUCCAGUGGGAACAUGGCAACUUCCCAGGUGCUGAAUGUCCACAUGGAGGACAGAAGGAUCCAUGUGGAACAGCAGCAAGAGCCCACGGUCCCUAAGCAUGUCUUACAGAAUUGCCAAGUUAAGAAUUUCCCACCAGCUACAAAGAGAGUGAGAUCCAAAGGAGGAGAGCUUGGUGGAGGGGAUGCAGGGUUGGGAACACCCCAACCCAGGAGAAAGAGCCAUCCUCUUCAAAAGAAGACAUCAGGGGAGGUGCUUAGGAGAAAAUCUUCCCCAACCUUGACAACACAGCCUCCUCCUGAAAACCUUUUCAGAAAAUGGAUGAAGACCUUUUUUCAGAGGUUUAAGAAACCCAGCAUAAUAUGUGAGGAACAGGAACAUUCCCAGGAAAAGGGUAGCUCCCUGUCAUCAUUUGUGCAGGACAGAGGUCCAGCUAAGAUUAGAGCUGCCUUUACUGGGACUACUGAAGCUCAGAAAGUUAAGAGAGACAUUGGAAAGUUCCCAGAGGAGAAGCUGGAGCAUAGGGAUGGGAUAGAUAUCACCUGUCCCCAAGAGCCCCUUUCCUCCCCCGUGGAGCUUACAAAAGCUCAGCACAAGCCAGUACUGCAGGCCAGAGCACAGCGUGUCCAGGGCUAUCCCUGCAGCUACAUGGCUGCCUCCUGCAAAGUGACAUGUAGCAAAUCUUGCAGCCAACAAGCUAUCUUAGUUGGCCAGAAUCAUCCGACAAGGAUUAGACAGAUCAUAGACAAGAACAGACAGCCUCAGAAAGUUGAGGCAUUUAAGGGCAAGAUAUUGUGUCAAAGGCAUCCCCAAUCCAUGCUCCACAGGAAGGCUGUGCCCCAACCAAAUCCCACUUGCCAGUGUCAGGUUGACCCAGUGCCUCCAGCCGUCCCGACUACUGCUAAAAGCGCUGUGCUUAGUGAUGUGCCUUUAGUAAUUACACAGACAAUGCUUCUAAAGCAUUUCCAGGGAGGAAAAUUUCCCCCGACAAAAUAAUUCACUCCUAGUUGAGAAUAUUGAUUCUCCCCAAUAAAUGUUCUAAUAAGA